AUGGCCCGCAUAUACCUGGGUAGCAUGAAAAUCACUCAUAUCACCGCUGAUUUGGAGAUCGCCAUCCCACUCCCCGUCCAAGUUGACAAAUUUGUGCAGCCGAUCGAAUCUCGAUUGUUUACAUGGGGUGCCCCACUCCACCAUCUUAACGCAUCGGCUAACUCCGCAUUGCCGCAAAAUAUUAAGUUUACGCACUUUCCUGUUGCCAACAUCCAUUCACGCUCCAAUCUUGGUAGAGGAUCAUCAAAGCCUGCAGGUGUUCGAUCGUAUGAUGGAAUAUUCGAUCAAGCCCUACCAGAGUUCCUAGACGACCUCCUGUUGAAGAACGGUACGCCGUACGCCACGAAGUCACUCUGCCAUUGUCCCACCUUAGCAAAGGACUCCUUCUCGAAGGUGAAGCUCGGUGAAACCCACAAUUUGGCAAGGGCACGCAAAGUGACGUUGCAGUACCGGAAGGUGAAGUCUCCAAGGAGACACAGAGUUAGGCGCUCUCCUAUGGGCUUGCAGUUAUUUCAUCUCACUCGCAUCACGCAUAAGAAAACAAGUAUAGUAAUACAAAUUGAAGCAAUUUACAACAACGGUCUCAAAAAUAAUAGUACACAAAUCACAAUGAAGUGA